AGUGAGCUGUGUCUAACGUAGCCUCUUGUCAAGGAAGAUGCCUUGUGUGGACACCCAAGCUGAACUCACAUCUCCCGUCAACAUGUCCUACAACUGCUGCUCUGGAAACUUCUCCUCCCGCUCCUGUGGGGGCUACAUGCGCUACCCAGGCUCCUCCUGUGGUUCUUCCUACCCCAGCAACCUGGUCUACAGCACUGACCUCUGCUCUCCCAGCACCUGCCAGCUGGGUUCCUCUCUCUACGGGGGCUGUCAGGAGCCCCGCUGCGAGCCCACCAGCUACCAGACAUCCUGUGUGGAGUCCAGCCCCUGCCAGACCUCCUGCUACCGCCCGAGAACCUCUGUGCUCUUCAGUCCCUGCCAGACGACUUACUCUGGGCCUCUAGGCUUUGGCUCCAGCAGCUGCCGCCCCCUGGGCUAUGGAUCCAGGAGCUGCUACUCAGUGGGCUGUGGAUCCAGUGGCUUCAGAUCCCUGGGUUAUGGAGGCUGCGGCUUCCCUUCCCUGGGCUAUGGAUCUGGAUUCUGCCGCCCAACCUACUUGGCUUCUAGGAGCUGCCAGUCCUCUUGGUACAGACCAGCCUACGGAUCAACCUUCUGUAGAUCAACUUGCUGAAUUUCCAGACCUUUUAAGCAAAAUGUCUCAGUCUCUAUGUAGAGCUGCUAUCAUAGGCUUUUCCAGCCAUGUGAGCUAACCCCUCUUACCACCAGCUCUUUGUCCUUUCUCUGGCAUCAAGUACUGGCUGGACAGGCUAGUUCUUCAGAUUGUGGAAUUAAUGAAUGACCAAAAUAUAGAGUCAAAUGUCUAUAAUUUUGAAACAAGUAAUUCAUUAUUACUUAAGUUCAUCUUAUAAAGUAUAUGGAAGUUCAGUUUCGUUUCACCUAAUAAAUUCAUUUACUGUUGAUUCCAAUAUGUUCUUUUUGUCUUUUAUUGGGUUUCAAAGUUUGAUUUGUGAUCUGUAUUUGGGGCUACAAGCCCCCAGAGGGCCUUUCCUUGGACAUCUAUUUCCCUAGGUAAUGUCAUCAGGCCUGGUGUAUGGGGAGACGCUGUGGGAACGCCACUGCCUAAAAGACAACAACUGCAUGUCUUCUGCUAUGAAAACUGGUUGGAUUCUUAACAGAAUUAUUGAGAGUAGGCCCAUAACUGUGGCGAGUUUUCAAAAAAGACACA